UAGUGACAAUUCAUCUCUAAAACUUCAUAGGAAAAUCAAACGUAGCUAGCCACAUAUUGAAACCAAAAAAUGUCAGGAAAGAAAUGUCUUGUUCUUUUUGUGCCUUUAAUGGUUUUAUGCAUGUUAAUGACAACAUUAGAAUCAAGGCAAAUCGAUGACAUCACAUGCUCCGAGGCUAUUUCGUCUUUGUUGCCAUGUGUACCUUUUCUAGAGGGUUCUCUCCCCGCAACACCAUCUAGUGAUUGUUGCGUAGGAGUGACCAAUGUAGCCAAUAAGGCCAACACUACUCCGAGUCGGAGAAGUACAUGCCAAUGUCUAAAAAACGCUUCAACAAAAUUUGGUGUCAAUGCCGAUAGAGCAAAACAACUCCCACAACUUUGUCACGUUAGUUUGCCCUUUGUUAUUAGUCCUACUAUCGAUUGCAACUCGAUUCCAUGAUUCUACAAUAGGGUCAGAUUGUGAACAAAGCUUGAGGAAUUGCAUUGAAGUUUUUCUUCUUUUGUUUUAGUGAUUGUAGUGCAAAGAAGAUUAUAUCAAUAAGCAAUGUGAAAAGAUUGCGGCAACUCUUAAAACUUAUG